ACGUGGUAUUUCCCUUAGAUAAAUCCAGUGGCAGAAUGAAACUGAAAGCUGACAAGAGGGUGUGGAAAGCACAGUCAGGAAAGCCAAGGACCUCCGAUUCCGACCUCCAGAUGCAAGAGACAUCUGUCAUCCCUAAACUCUGAGAAAAUAAGCCAUUCUGCUUCUGAAGCUCAACGAAAAUGCCACUUAAAGGGGAGGAACCGAAGCCUGGGGACCUGAUUGAGAUUUCCCGCUUUGGAUACUGGCACUGGGCCCUCUACGUGGGCUACGGACAUGUCAUCCACUUAGCGCCCCCCAGUGAGUUUGCCGAAACUGGAUUCUCCAGUCUGAUGUCCGUGGUGGCUGAUAAAGCCAUGGUGAGAAAGGAACCCCUCUGGGCGGUGGUGAAAGGCGAUGACUACCGGGUCAACAACAAGCAUGACGGGAAGCUGCCCCGGCGGACUGUGGACCAGAUUAUCCAGGAGGCAGAGUCUCUGGUGGGGAAGACGAUGCCAUACAGUGUCACCAGCAAGAAUUGCGAGCACUUCGUCACCAAGCUGCGCUACGGUGUGGCCAGGAGUGACCAGGUCCGAGAUGCCAUGGUUGCAGGGGCAGUGGGGAUCGUGGGCGUAGGAGCCCUUUUAGCGGUUGCUACAUUCAUUGGCACAUUGCUCUCUGACAACAAGCAGGAGGAUGAAUAAUGCAAACAUCGGCCUGGGCCAAAGACCUGAGCAAGGUCAAUGGGAGUUGAUCUUUACUGGAGCUGGUUUAGCUUCUCACCUGCUUUCUCCUUUGGCAUCACUGCCCUUGGGAGUUUGUUCUAAUGGUUAAUCACUUGCAUUGUGAAACACUGGUGCCUUAUUUCUAACUGGAAUGUGUCUGGCUUUAACUUCCAGCCACUGGGUCUUCUCCUGCCUUUCUCUGCUAGGUUAAAGAGCCCAUUAGUACCCGGGAUUUUCUCCCCGUGAAGGUACUUAUACAUGUAACCCUUCUGCCCGUCAGAGUUGGCAGCAACAAGGGCCGGGUUCAAUAUCUAGGGGAUCCAUUCGAAUAACACAAUGCAAACUGGCUCGAGCCCCCACCCAGUGACCUGGGACAAAUAUAUACCACCCCCGCUGGGUGCCUCCAAGAGGCAAUACUUCCCCUCUCGCAAGCACAUAGUCUGAGUGUAGCAAAAGCCUUUUAAUAACAGAGAGAAACAAUGUGGCAUUAUGUUGGGGAAACACCACCAACAGGAUUCAUAACACAACCGAUGAGCAAAAAAAAAACCCACCCCAAGCAAAUUGGGGCAUGCCCUUUUCCCUUUGGUUCUUGAGUCCAGCAACCCCAAAUCACCCAAAGUCCCAAAAGUCCAAUGCCCCAAAAGUCUCUGUCCCUGGUCAGGGCAGCCCCAGAGUUCGAAAGUUUAUCUGCGGAGCUUUACCUCCCAACCUGGGUGGAAAUGGGACGGGGGUAAGAGGCACCUUACAUGAUCUGAAGCUGACCGCCCCAUAGCAGCGCUCCGCUCCGUCAGCCGCCCCACGAACUCCUUCGCUCAGCUGCGCUCCGCUCUGCCAGCCGCCCCACGAACUCCUUCGCUCAGCUGCUCUCCGCUCUGCCAGCCGCCCCACAAACUCCUUCACUCAGCUCCACGGCCCACAAGCAGCUCCUGCCAUCCACAAACUGCUCCGCGUCAAACUGCUUCACCAGCCAGUCCGCAAGGCACUCCAGCCAUCCCGCAAACUGCUCCACAAUAUAUCUUCAGGCUCCCCCACUACUUAACACAACAUUCAGUGAUUUCAGCUCUUAGGUGAAUUCAGCUUGUAGUAGGGGAGCCCCAGUGCUGGUGCACUGUCAGCCCAAAAUGAGCUCAGCAGCCUAUAACUAGACUUCUAAUGAAAUCAAAAUUAGCUCUAAUAUUCCACAGUGGAGAGAGGAGGAAGUGCAAUUAGCAUAUAAGGCCCUCACCAAGAGGCCCAUGCCACCAAGUAUUAAUACUUGUCCCCAGCCUCUCUCUAGUCACAGUUUUGGAACCCAUGACCCUUGCCUAGCGAGUGCUACUUAGUUGAUGGUGAAUCCCUCCAUCAUAACAAAAGGCCACAUACAGUUCCAAGCACAGUUCCCAUAAUCAGGAUAAUAACAAUUUAUUCUUUCUGCCCCAAUAACAGAGACACUGGGGAUCCCACAGCAGCCAAAGUGACCAUUUGGGCAGCUAUGGUCUCAUUCUAGGCGUGGUGGGUGUGCCUAUGCAAAUGAGAUCGGCCCUUGAAGUUCUUUUCCACAACUUGCCACACCUCACCACCAGCUGUCAGGGUGGAGCUCAUCCUGACACUGCUUACAUCCAAAGUAAUCAAGUCACCUCUCAACUGAAGCUAAACUGAUUGAACUCUUUAAAGCUCUCCCUGGCAGGCAUUUUUUCCAGCCCUCAAAUCAUUUUUGUGGCUCUUCUCUGCACCCUCUCCAAUUUAGCAACAUGAAUGUUACAGCAACUAGUGUUUUCGGACAGCUGGGACAUUCUUGGUGAGUGUGUGUAUAAAUCUAGCCAGCGAGAUUCUGCAGCAGAUCUACAAGCUUGCAUCAGCAUUAACAUAUUGUAUGGGUCACGCUGAACCACAUGUUGUUAAAGAAAUAAAAGCAUUGCUCACAUGCCUGACACUUGGGUACAACCGCUCUCUGAAGGCAUUAGACACAAGUGUGUUUAGCAAACACUCCCGAGGCCUAUUCUACACUCAGGAGAA